AGAGGCGCAGGGCUGCUCGCCAGCCCCCUCCCGCCCGGUUUCCUGCCCUCUCAGGCCUCCGAAACGGGCGCGCCUCCCACCGCCUUGAAGUGAUGGAGCGAUCUCAAGCGUGCUAGCUGCUGUCGCCUGCAGAGCUCCAGCAGUCGCAUCAAAAUGGCGGCCACGAUAGAGGGGCAGCUAUCCCGCGCCCGGCUGGUGGGAUUCAACCCCGGGUCGGAGGCGGAGCCCCUAGACUGCAGCAUGGAGCAGGCGGCGGAGGGCAACCCCGCCGCGGCAGCGGGGGCGGAAGAGGAGGACACGACGCCCUCUGUGCUCAACAAGCUCCAGAAAUGGGCCAACUACGAGGCCACGGGCAGGCCCGUGUGGCCCACCCACUUCAUCCCCAUGAAGACGCCCAUGAGCCGGGAGAUACUGGACAACUGGAGCCUGGCCGAGGCGCCCAAGCACGCGCUGACGGUGCCGCUGCUGCUGGCGCAGCAGGAGGCGGCGGGGCGGGAUGUGGGGCUCGUCAUCGACCUCGCCAACCACGACUGCCUGUAUUCGGACGACAUGCUGGAUAGUCUGGAGUAUGAGCACGUGCAGCUGAUUGCCAAGGUGCUGCCGUCGCGGGAGGCCAUCAACGAGGUGGAGCGCAUCGCCAAGAGCUUCUGGAGGGAGCACCCGGAGAAGUUCAUCGCCAUCCACUGCGCCUAUGGCUUCAACCGCACCGGCUUCGUGGUCUGCUCCUACCUGUGCCAGGCCUGUGGGCUGAGCGUGGACCAGGCGCUGGAGAGCUUUGCGGCGGCGCGGCCUCCCGGCGUGAAGCACGACAAGUUCAUUCGGGAGCUGUACGCGCGGUACGGCAGCGCCGCACCCAGCCUGGCCGCCACCCCGGAGACCAGCAGCGUGCUGGGCGGUUCGCCGCCGGCCUGCCCCGCGGUGGAUGCCCUGGCCGCGGAGGCGGAGCUGCUUCGGCAGCAGGGCGCCGCCAAGGCCGCAGCUCUGGCCGCCGACGGCGCCGCCGGCGCCGCCGCGAUGCUCCCCGCUGCCGGCGCGACUGCGGCGGCGCCUGGCCCCGGCGCGGGGCGGCAGCAGGAGGAGGACCACGCGUUUGAGGAUGCCGCGGACAUGGUGCGGCGCCGCUCGCACCGCCGCCGCAGCCUGUCGCGCAGGAGCAGCGGCGGGGAGGGCACGCUAGCGGGCACCUCCCCCGCCGCCUCCACGCCCAGCCGCGGCGGCUCCGCGGCCAGCAGCCGCAACCCCAGCCGUCACGGCGGCAGCCUGGCCGAGAUGGCAGUCGCGGGCGAGGCGGAGGCCGGGGAGGGUGCUGAGGAUGCGUCGGUGGCGACGUCCGCGGGCGUGGGGUUCACGGCCAGCCGCAAGCUGCUGCUGCGCAAGGCCUCUCGCGGCGGGGGGCUGUCGCAGGCGCUGGCGGGCAGCCCGCGGCGACCCUCGGGCGGCUCGCCGCAUAGCUCCGGCUCGCUGGCGGCGGGCGGCACGAGCCCCGUGAGCGGCAUCCGCACCGGCACCUCCAGCAUGAGCGACUUUGCGGCGGCCGCGGUGCACCUGGAGGGCGCCGUGGCCGGCAGCAUGCGGCGGACGACCAGCCUGGGGCUGGCCAAGGCGCUGAGCGAGGACUUUUUGCAGAACAAUGGCACGCCCAGCCCCGUGGCCCCCAUCUCAGCGGCGGCGGACUGGGACGAGGAGCGGCUAGCAGCCCUGGGCAUGCCGCAGCCGGCAGGCAGGCCCGCAUCAUCGGAAACCGUGCAGCAGCAGCAGCAGCCGCAGCCGGCGCCGCCGCCACCGCAGCAGCAGCAGCAGCAAGGAGCAGCAGAGGGCCCCACGGCCGCCGCCGCAGAGCCUGUCGGGAACGGCAGCUGCACGGCCGACGCAGACGCGACAGCUGUGGUGGACAUGUAUUGCCGCAGCAGCAGCAGCGGCUGCGAGGGGGGCUGUGCAUCUGGCAGGCCAGCGGAAUCGGGCGCCGGCACGCUGGGCAGCUCGCCGUCGCGGCGAGGAGGCAUCCCGCUGCCGGCGCUGCGUGCGGGGCCGUCGCACCAGGGCAUGCCGCAGCAGCCCUCGCAGCAGCCCUCGCAGCAGCAGCAGCAGCAGCAGCCGGGCACGCCCGCCACGCCCGCCAGCAGCACGGCGACGCCGUCGGCGCUGAGCGGCAGCCAGCCGCGCCAGGGCUUCCAGCGCUCCGUCAGCAUCGACAGCGACAACCCCAGCCUGGGCUUUGGCAUGCGCGAGGCGUUGCACCACCUCAGGCUGGGCGGCGCUGCCGGCGUGGCGACUGCGCGGGGCCCGCAGGCGCUGGCCGACUUGUUUCGGGAGGAGAGCCAGGCGGAGCUGGCUGCCCUGGAUGUGGAUGACCACCUGCAGGCGCUGGAGCAGGCUGCCUCUGAAGGCUUGGAGUCGCCCGCCGCCGCGGUGCCGCUGCCGCGCGUGCCGGAGGCGGCGGAUGGCGAGGCGCGGCCCCGGGGCCGCCAGCCGCCGCCGCUGCAGCUCGGGCCGCCCGCGCAUGCUGGCGCCGGCGGUAGCUAUGACCCGGCAGCAGCGGCGGCACCGCCUGCGCCUGGAGCAGCGGCCCAGCAGCAGCGGCAGCGGGAGCAGCAAUGCCCGGCGCAAGCCGCGUGCGCUGCCUCGCGCCCAGGCCAGCAGCCACGCAAGGCAGAGGCUGAGCAGCAGGCUGGCCCUGCUGGCGGCCACGGCAAGUGCGUGGUCAUGUGAAGCUGCGCGCCCUGCGGGCCCUCUUUUCCCUGCCAUGCUGGCGCUAGAAUUGACUUGAGGAGUGCCCGUCUUCAUUUUUGCUGCGGUGGCGGCUGGGCGGCCGACUCUUUUGUGCAGCAUAGGACCCCAGCCCCUUCCACAUCUGUCCCCCCUUUCAUGCAUUGUACCUCUGUCCACCUGCCGCUCCUAUGGAGCCUUUUGAUACUGCCACUCGCUCCUCGCUUGCUCCUCGGGCAGGCCCAGCUGCGCCCGCCCACCUCCCGGCGCCAGCACGCAAUAACCUCCUCUUGCAGUUUUGCUCUCAAACUUCCCUCUGCGCAAUGUGAUUCAACAACAAGCC